AUGCGCAACUCAAUUGUCCUCAGCCCCGGCCUGGCCCGCCCCUCGACAUUUCAUACAACCCGUCGAUCGUUCGUGACCACCGCUGCAAAGAGUGUCGCCGCCGCUACUUCAUCUCCAGCGUCUGCGCCACCGCUGAACCCACGAUGGCUUUCUGAGCUGCAGUCGCGCAUCAAGCGGUGCGCCGGGCUCGACCUCAGCGGGCAGCAGAAGGAGGAGUUGGCGGCUCUGCGGAAGGCUGUCGAUGGGCAGUGGUUGGAGUUGCUCGCCGGACGGGAGGGGUUCCUCACCGGUCCCGGGUGGAGGGGCCUUGACAGACAUACAGUGACUUGGGGAGACCAGGAUGCAAUGGUACUACAGGGUCAUGUAAACAAUGUCGUCUACAACAAGUACGCCGAGUCGGCGCGGGUCAACUGGCUUCGUAACUUUGCGACGACGGUGGAUCCUGAGCACAAGGAUGAGUGGGACCAGCUCAUGAGCCCAAAGGACAUUGGCCUCAUCAUGAGAAGCAUCAAAACGGACUACAAGUUUCCAAUGGCCUACCCAGACCACGUGACGGUCCUCCAUAAGCUUGUUUCCAAGCCGACAUACGAAUCAGAUUUCAUCCUACUUGAAGCUCUUCUCGUCUCCGAGGGCCACCGUCGCCCUGCCGCCCGCUGCUUCGAGGAUAUCGUGGUCUACGACUACAAGACCGCCAAGAGGGCGCCACUGAAGCCCUUCAUGGUCGACCGGCUACGGGAGACAUACGAGGCGCAAGAACAGAGCAAGAUUGACUGCGAGGAAAAAGUAAAGGGUCUCGUCGACAUUGUCGAGCGUCUCGAGAAGGCCGCGUAA